AUGAAUUUCACCAGUUCAGCUAAACAAACUGCAUCACAGCCAGAUCCAACAUAACUGAAGUCAUCAUGGCACUACAUUACUACGCGCUUGCUUGGUUUACGUUUGCGGUGACUGGAGCCGUCAGACCUGAAAUCAUCUCUAUGAAGGGUGAAGAUGUCAUCCUGCGCUGUGAGGCUUCAUCAAAGCCUGGCGUCCUGUAUCGUUCAGUGAUUUGGUACAAGGUUACUAAAGAGUCUGAAAAGUCUCCUCGACUGUUAAAUGGCCUUGUGAUGAAGAAACUAACUAAAAUCAACAGCAGACUUGAAAUAUAUAAAGGGGUCACAAGACAGGUGGAGCUCCUGGAAAACUCAACGAAUCUUUUUCUGCCCAACGUGACAGUAGAAGACAGUGGGAUAUACAGCUGCUUUCUGUCUGCACCCCUCGGUCAUCAGAACCAGGAAGGCGAUGUCCAUCUGAGCGUUUAUGAUGAUUUCAUAGUUGAAAAACUGGAGUCCUCCUACCGUGAUCCGAUUUACAUUGUGGCCUUCGCAGUACUUGCGUUGGCACUGCUUGUAAUGUUCAUAAGCUAUGUGAGUCUGAGGAAUAUAUUUCAAAACAAUAAGAAGUCCUUAAAAGAUUCACUCUGGAAAAUGCCGCAUCAAAGCAAGGAACUGAUGGCCAAUUUGCAGUCCAAAAACUUGGUUUGCAAAACAGUGCCCGAAGUAUUUGUAUGAAAUCAAUGUACAAAGUUGCAAAAGCAAUUCUCUGUUGAAAGUCAAACAAAGCUUGGCGCUCGGAAAUCAACCAUGAACAGUGCUAGCCCUGAAGAGGACCGUUGCUGGAGUAGAGCUUGUUGGUUAACUCUGCUUGUACACAAAGAGUGAUAAAUAUAGUUUUAACGUCACUUCACCUCACGAGUGCCACUGAGAGCAAGAGACACGACGAAAGUGGAACUAGGAACAGACCGGUCAUGCAUCUGUGGCAUUGGAUAAAGGCGUCCGCUGAAUGAAUAAAUGUUAACGAGUUGGAUAGCACAGUCGAUUGUUAUUUUGUUGUUUGUGUGUAAUACUUGCUGUUGAAAGAAGUUCUCAAAAAACUCUACCUCACAUUUUUUGAAUGGAUUUCUAUUUGUUAACUGAAUUAAAGAUGUCGGUUGCGGUUGUUCAAGCUCUGUCUAAGGGAUCGUUCACCCCGAAAUACACAUUUAUCCACCCUUCAGGUGGUAAAUGGCUGUGGAACACAAAAUAAGAUAUUUUGAGAAAUGUUUUAGACUUGGCUUAGAAAUCUUCAACGUGAUCUGCAACAUAUGAUAGCUAUAGUGCUUUUAUUAUUUAUGUUUUAAAAUUACAGUUAAUUUUAUGAAUAUAAUGUUUUAGAUUUAACCAUUAUGUUGAGUUUGUUCUGUGGGUGCAGCUACUGUAUUUGUGUGACGUCAUGUAUCAAAUGUGUUUAUAAACAUAAAUGCUGAAAAAGACUUAAUAACGAAUGUAGGUCCCUUUUUAUUAACUCAAGGGGAAAAUUAUCUUUCGUACUAAAAUAUUUCUAUGCCUGCCACAAGAAGCACUGGGAAAUAAAAUUGAAUUGUUACACA